ACUCCCAUUCCAGAGGCUGUGCCUCCACCAGGAGCCAGGCAAAUUGUCCUGGCGUGGGUAGAGCCCAGAGAAGCCGAGCUUGCGACGCGCGUUCUGUAAGAGUGACUGGUGCAGGCUCGUUGGAGUGGCAGACCUGCCGAAACUCAGCCUGCUGGGAGAGCCUCUCCUCCUCCGCCUGCUUCUGCCAUGUAGUGUUCAGACAGCCCCGUUCUCCAUGAGCUGUGACCCCACUGGCUUUCUCCAGCCGACACACACUCCCUGAGCCGGGUCUGCCACCUUGGUGGUUGCUUGUCCAUUUCGGGUGUUCUUCAUCUCCAUGGAGCCACCACCGUAACCAUGGUGACGCGGGUCGAGGUCGGCUCCCUAACUUCUCUGACAGGAGUGCCAGGCCUCGGUGAGAUCACCAAGGAGGAGACCCUAAAACGUACCUAUUUCCUCCAAACCAGCGACACCUCUGGGGCUUCCUCAGGGCCACUCUUGGAAGGAAAAAGCCUCUUCAGGAGCCCAGCCUGCUUACUCCCUCUGCCAAGACUCGCCCCAAAACCCUUCUCCAGGGAGAAGGACUUGGGCCUGAAAUCCCCUGUUGCAUCCUCGGGGCCUGGCCAGCUCAGGCCAUCUUCUUCCUGUGGGUUCUCUGAGGAUAAGGUGACCAAGUCUCUGGGUGAGAAGAUGCCCAUCUUGGUGGAACAGGAGUCAGGGAGUGGGGAGGGCCUGAGAAGAAGCUCAUCACUCUUCAACAAGGCUGAGUUUCAGAGGCCCAGUCCAAACACCAUGAUUGUUUUUGAAACCACCAAGGUUGGCCUCACUUUGGGGAAGGGGACUCGGGAGGCCAGUGUAGGCAAGUCUAAGGAGCCCCCCUCAGGCUCCCGGCCUGAGGUGGCUGCCAAGCCCGCCCUGCCUGCCCGAAAGCCGGGAGGGAUCCUCCCCCGACCAGCUUCUCUAUCUCAGGACAUAAGGCCAGCUGCUACCCAGGAGGAGAUAGGCUCAAAAGAGGCUCUCUCAAAGUCCAGCAGUAUGGAGGACACAGGGGGCCCUGCUCUGGAACCCAAGCCUCACCUGAAGAUAAGGCCCAGGUCGGCCAUUUUCACCGAAUCCAUUCAGCCUCAGAAGUCAGGCUCAGGAGGAACAGCCACAGUAGGGAAAAUACCCCCUACUCCUCCUGAGAAGACCUGGGUGAGGAAGCCCAGGCCUCUGUCUAUGGAUAUUACGGCCCGGUUUGAGAACAGAGGGGAGGCCUUGCUGAAAAAGGGAGCUCAUGAAGCCACAGUGAUUUCCACUGCCCACCAUCGGAGGUUGGAGAGGUCUGACCCGGAGCUCAAAGUGGACAGGGAGUGUUUUGUCAAAGCAGAGGCUACCCUUCAGGACCUGGAUUCAGGCCUCCUGGAGGUGGCCAAGAAGAACCGAGAACCAAACGAGAAGAUGCUUUUUAAGCAGGCAGAGAUGGGCAGCCUCAGAACUGCCGGGGACUCAGCUUGGGUCACCCCCACAGAGGACCAGAAUCUUGGGAAAGAGAAAGCCAAACUGGACAAGGACCUGGAGAAGGUACCCAAGUUCCCCUCAUCCAGGCCAGAAAAGGGGCAAGAAUUCACUGAAGUCAAGAGCAGAGCGACCGACAGGGAGAUCCUGGCUGGGAGAGAGCAGACCUCCCAGAGCAGCAUUAGGAAGCACAUCAGCCAGCAUGAGGAGGAGCGUGGGGUGGUCUUGGCAGUGGUGUCUGAACCUCCACCGGCCACUCCUGAGUCCCCAUGGGCCAAGCCAGAGGCAGAGAAAGCAGGUAUGAGUGUCCAGGAGCGGAUCAAGGGCUGGACUGCUGAGAGCUCCGAGGCAAGGCCAGUGACCAGGAGGAAGACAUUCCGGGAACGCCCACAGUCGGCAGACGUGACCAAACUGUUUUCAAGUUCAGCAUCCAGCCAUGAAGUCAAAUAUGAGAAGUGUCCUGAGCUCAGUGGUGAACCCAGAGAAAAGCAAAAGGAAGGGCAUGGAUUAGAUGGAGCCCCCUCCCCAGCACGACCCUGGAAGCCUGUGCCGCUCCGGGAGAAGCCCAGGCAGACGGAGUGGAAAGACAGUUGUACCCGUGUCAGGGGUAACAGUGGGGAUGACAGCGCCAUGGGUGCCCCAAAUCCUUAUGACAUCACUGCAGGGGACAAUGGAGGCUUCAAGACCGUGCGGGCCACCAUGUUUGAGCAUCUCGUGGAGAGACACACUGUGACCACCCCUCCAGGCAACGUGGCUGCUGCCCGCCUGUCCGAGGCCAGACCCAGGCCCGAGUGGGGCUCCUGGCUGGGGAAGGAUGCACCAGAAAAGACAGACUUCAAGAGAGAAAGCUCCAGGGGAUUUGAAAAUCCUGACCCUGAAAAAUGGGCACGGACGAUGCUGUCGAAUGGUGAGCCCAAACAGUAUCACACGCCCCUCGGGGAGAAGUACCCUUCGGGUGAAAGAUACAGUCACAGCCAGUUCCUCAAGCGCUCGGAGAACCCAGCACCCUCCCAGAGGGUCGAGCCCAAGUUUGACACCCUGCAGGCGGUGGGUGAGGGCACGCUCAGCAGCGAGGCCACUUCGGCGCUGGAUGCAAAGGCCCCGGCAGCCGGGAGCUGCAGGUCCCGGCCCUCGCUGAAGGGGAAGCAGCUGUCCCUGGACAGCAUUGCCAUUGACCCAGAGUGCAGGCUGGAGGGGCCCGUGCAGAGGGCCAGUUCCUUGUGGGAAGCUCAAGGGACACAUGAAGUCAGCCCAAAGCCUGACUUCCGAGAGCCGAAGGACACGUUUGGGAGCAGCUGUCAGUCCUCCAAAUGGACAGGUGGGCUGACUGUGAACUGGCAUAAAGCCCCCAUGGUGAUCAGUGAAGAGAAAGGCAGGGGGCAGAGCCCCGAGGUGGCCAGGGAGCCCUCAGGGAAGCCCUGCAGCAGGGAGGCCAUCUUGGCGAAGGCUGUCCAGGCUACCACCAGGGAGGCUCCACAAGAAGCUCACCAAGGGGUCGUUGGAGCAGGCGAAAGGGGUGGCCCCCCAGGAUACCCUCUGGAUCCUCCUUCCAGGCCUAAGGAUGUGGCCUCUGACUUCCGAGCACGGCCACAUCCAGACAUGCGGGGGCAGACAUCGGCCCUGGCUGUGGCUGCCUGCAAGGGUGAAGACAGGCCGGCCCCAGUACCCCUGCCAGAGACCAGGAUGCGCAAGGCCAACUCCUCAGACCAGAGAAUGGAUAGGUGGCGGCGGCGGACUUUACCCCACGAUGUGAAGUUUGAUGAGUUUAACAUCCUGGAGGCACAACACUCUCCGAAGGUGGAGAAGAGAGGAAUAGAUUAUUUGAUGCAUUCCGACACUGGCGCCUUAAGAAAACCUCAACUGUCCCACAAUGGGGUUCCGACCCAGGAGGGGAGCCCAGGUGUUUUACAAGACCCGACUCUUCCGACUGUGAAGCCAGGGUCUUCUGUGGAACCCAAGGCAACAUUUUUUGCUGUGACAUAUCAGAUUCCAGAUACUCAAAAAUCAAAGAGCAUUGUUAAGCCAGGGCCCCAAAACGUAACAGAACCUCCUAGAAACAUAGCCCCACCUCCAUCUCCUCAUUCUUUGACAUCUCCCUUGGUGUCUCUUAACCAUGAAGAGCCACUAGAGAUCAGGGGCAGUAAAAACUGGGCUAAGGACAGACAGCAUGAAAACGGAAGCUUCUCAAAAACUCAAAAGCCAAAACACCAUCGAUUGUCUCUAGGGGACAAGAUUCUGGAUCCUUCUAGUGAAAAAAUCAGUGCUGAUGCCUUAUGGCGUCCCCGGGGACAGGAAGAUGGUGCUGGUUUUCAGAACUAUUGGAAGGACAGUGGGAGCAAGAUGUCCCCCAACAAUACUCCCCAAAUGACUCCAGCUUUCAAAAGUCGUCAGAGAUCCAGCGAUCUUGUCAGGAGGAGGACUGAGGUGGUGAGUGAGACAUUCCCAAGCAAAAACAAACAUGGCUUCAGGUCCAGUGUCCUGGACCUGGAUGCCCUGAUGGAGGAGUACAGGAAGCAGCCCACGAGAGACCCCGAGGAGGCUCAGGAGGGGCCAGCCACAGACCCUCGCCAUUCUUGUCCAGACAGGCAGGGCCAGCAAGGCGGAAUGGAGCAGCCAAGGAGGAACCUGAGGGAGGUCUCGGAGGCUGAGGGUCACAGGAAACAAGACAGUUUUGCUGAAACAAACCAAGGUUCUUCUCCAACUCAGACAUGCUCCCUGCGGACCACCAUGAACACCAAAUGCAACGCUCCCCUGUGGUCUCUGCCACCCUCAGCUUCUUCUGAAAAAUAUCCAGUGGCCUCUUCUGGCUCCGAGGGGCCCAGGAAAAAAGUCUUAGGAGUUGCUGAGGAUGAACAAGAGGCCUUUGCUAGUAAACACGGUGGUGGGAAGUGUCUGAAUUACCCAGCUGAGUCACAGCCCCCUGCCCGGGAAGAUCCAGGCAGUGGGACCAGUAUUUCACUCAUGUCCUCCCCCACUGACCAGAAGAAAGGCACCCCAAGGAAACGCAUCGGGAAGGAAGAGGAAGGAAGUGUAGCUCAUUGGAGUGACCACCCACAUGGCCAUGGAAGGUCCCUGCUGGAUGUCAAGAGGACUUACUCAGACAAGGGAGCCCCUUCCAAAAUCCGAGAACAACUGUCCAUCCUACAGGAAGCCAGAGAGAGGAGGCGAGAGCAACCCAAAGGGAGGCACAGCCUCUCCAUGGAGAGUUCAAGGGAUAAAGAGAUCAAAAUUGAACACUGUCCGAGAGCGUCUGGGAUUCAAGAUAGUCAAAAGGUGCUGCCACAGGGCCUGGAGAAGGAGGACACCCUCCAGCACAGCGAGCAGCCACUCAAGCAGGUGUCCACUGGGACCUUGGCCCCUCAGAGAAGCCACAGCUUCUCCAAGGACAAGAGGAACGGACUCUUGGUGGACCAGCUGAAGCAGUGUUUCUCCAGGCGGUCCCCCGAAGCCAAGGACACUGACACCCUCGUGCAGGAAGCCAACAGCCAGUAUGGGACGUGGACGGACCAGCACCCGAGCGGGGAGAGCUUGGCCCCUGAGUCCCCUUCCCCAGACAGCAGUGCUGCUUCAGUGCGAAAACAGCCCCCCAGCAGCCGCCUGUCUUCGCUGUCCUCCCAAACGGAGCCCACCUCGGUGGGGGACCCACACGACUGCUUGAGGGACCAGCGGAGCACCAGUGUGGACCGCUCCAGCACUGACCUGGAGUCCACUGAUGGGACAGACGGUCUGCCCCCGCCGGAUGCCGGCUCUGCAGCGAGGGUAGACGACUUCUCCUUCAUCGACCAAACCUCAGUGCUCGACUCAAGUGUCCUGAAAACCCGGGUGCAGCUCAGCAAGAGAAACCGCCGUCGGGCUCCCAUUGCCCUUCGGCGCAGUCGAGUCAUCGAGUCGGACAGCAGGUCUCCCUUGGAGGAGGAGGCGGACAGCAUGUGGAUGUUCAAGGACUCGACUGAAGAGAAAUCCCCCAGGAGGGACGAGUCCGAUGAGGACGAGAAGCCACCCAGAGCCGAGAGGACACCUGGCAGCCACCCGCAGAGAUUGCCCAUGUUUCCAGGCGUGGACCCGGCCGUGCUAAAGGCUCAGCUGCACAAGAGGCCAGAGGUGGAAAAUCCCGGCGAAACCCCCGGCUGGGCCCCCCAACCCAAAACCCCCAAGUCCCCCUUCCAGCCUGGGGUGCUGGGCAGUCGGGUACUGCCCUCCAGCAUGGAGAAGGAUGAGAGAUCAGAAGAGCCCUCCCCGCAGUGGCUAAAGGAGCUGAAAUCCAAGAAGAGGCAAAGCCUGUAUGAGAAUCAAGCUUGAGCAGAUGGGGACACUGCCACGUCUACUUAACAGAAGCCUUAACUGUCAGAAUCCGAAGACAAGGCCACGCUGCUGCGCUGCCUCCCCCGCCCCUGGUUACCUGGCUGGGCCCUCCGGUCGAUCCCUGAGAACGCCUGCUGGCGCUCUUGCCCUUCUUCUGGCUGUCCCUGAUCCGGGCAGCUGCACCAUCCCCUGCAAACACUGGCUCAUCUCCCCAGAAGCUCUUCAGGCGGAGAAAGAUGUCAAGUUGCCCAGCACUGUCCAUGGGGGUGGUUUAUUUUUAAUGUAAAAAUGUGCGAUUCCAUCCGCCUUGGACAUUGGCAGUGGCUCCAGAAGCACCAGGGGAGGCUGGACCGUCUCCCUGGGUUCUGUAAGACAUCUGAAUUGUGGGAGCGCCUCUCCCCUCACCUCAGGCUGGGGUCUUUUUUGAAAGGACAUUUCGAAGAAAGAAGAAGCUAUUUGUUUCCUGCUGUCAUUUUGGUCCCAGUCAGUAGCACCAGGUGCGGGGGGGCUUGAUUACUUCUCAGCAUGUUUUUUGUCCCUCUUGAACAAUCAGCAGUUGUGAUUUUCAAACAUACCACCCUCCUUCCAAGUGUGUCUGUCCUUCCAGUGCGGCCGUGUGUAUAGAUGACCUAUGUUGCUGUAUGUCAAUUUUGUUUGCUUGAGAAGGCGAUAUAGCAAUAAUCCAGCCAAUUUUCUUUGAGAUUUGGUAUGUAUAUAUGUUUUUACGUUGAAGAGUAGGAGGAGAGAUGUGUGAAUAGUUUGAAGAAUCCAAUCAUCUCAGGUUAUCUUGUCCCUACCCAAGCCUUUUAAAAAUUUGGAUUACCUGCCUUGUAUAUAUUUUCCUGGUUUCUUUUCAUUUGAGCGCUGAUUUCUCGGGGGGGGGGUGACCUUUGUCCCUUGGUCUCAAGGGUUCAUAAACUGCAGCCCAAAUGGCAGUGCCUUUCCCACCCAAACAGCAGACUGGCCCUCAGAUCCUUUCUCCAGAGUCUUUUUUUUUUGAUCAUGACUUGAGUUGCUGGCAUGGAGGAACUAGUCCGGAUUAGCUUCAGAAUCAACACAUGGAUGAGAGUUCUUUUCGUUCUCACCUCUUCAUUGUACCCAACCCCAACUCCACCUGAUCAGGUGCUUUCUUUAUGUCUAAAUGCAGGAAGCAAGGAGCUUGCUGAGCGCUCUUCUAAGGACAGGAGCCACCUGGGCUGGGGACUCUAGACAGAGGUGUUGGAUGUGAGGCCACCAAGUGUCUAGACCUGCCUUAUCUCUUUUUCUUGCUGACUCUAAGCUCAUGCCUAGGAAUCCCCAAGACCCUUGCAAACUGUAGACAUUCUCCUCUGUCCUUUGAUUUGGAAGCCCUCAGUACCAGCCUCCUCUACCCCUGAAGUCCAAGGCGCCAGGAAGGCACCACCACCCACCCCUCCUGGAGUUACUGUAAACUUUGUGCCAACCGUCCUGGGAGACGCCCAUCAGUGAGGAAGAUACCUGGGUAGUUUGUAUGGCAGCCGUGAUUGUAGGGGGUUCUGGGGCUGAGUAUCCUCGUGGUUCAGUGCAAGGAUAUCACUGGCAUGUACCUCUGCACCCCACCCCUGACUUCCCAAGAGGUGAAAAUCUUGAUAAGUCCAUUCUGUAAAUGGUGUCAAAAAAUACCUCUCUUCUCCUUGGCUGUCUCUCAGAGUCUCCAUUUGUUGCUCUAUCUCUUCUUCCUCCCUUAUCCUGUACUGCUUCCUUCUCUAGGUUGGAGUGGGAAUGGAGAGCGAUCUUGUUUCUCCAGGUUAAGACAACUGAGAGCUCUGUGGUUCAGAUCACGGAUAGACCCAGAAAGACCCUCCCUGACUCUCUACCGGCCCUGCUGGCCAAGCUUUGGCUACCGUGAGCAGUAGAGUUGUUUGACCCUGUCACCUACCCAUAUUUUUUAAUCUGGAAGCCACAUGCAUCUGUAUCUAGAGGUUUGGUCCUAUUGAUAAUAGUUUGAUUCUCUUUAUUUUGCAUUUCAAUCAGUUCUCUGUGGCCAUUUGGGUAGGAUUUAAUUCCUCCAGAAACUGUUGCUUCAGUUGAUUUUUCCUUUUUUUUAAAAUCCACGCCACAAUUUAUAACACUACUUUGGACUUUCCAGGCCUUUGAAGGACCCUUAUAGUGUUUGCACCCUGACCUCUCAUGGCUGCUGUCUUUUUUCCCUUCGAGUGGGGCGGGCUCUUUGGCAGCAGGAAUUGAUCUGCUCUGUUCAGUGUGAUUAUCCGCACCCAUUACACAGCAUUCUCCAUUCUGAGCGAGUCAUGCUUUAGCCCAAGAAUACCUGACAGAGAAAUAUCUUAAAAAUGCGGUUGAUCUGGAGAUCUUUAGCCUAACCUCCCACACCUUGAUUAGACAAAAUAAAAAUCCCUUAAUUCCUUUGGUGAUUAGGUCACAGAAAAUCCACCUCUUCCCCCUCCCUUGAAACUGACUAGAGCAAGACCUGAAGAGCCUCAACUCCAUUUAUUUUUUUUAUAGCUUCAUCUUUCCACCAUGGGGUAGACAGUCACAAGGGUCAAGAGCAACCCACUUAAUGAAGGCUCCCCACGACCCUGGAUCUCGCUAUGAUCAGUGUAGUGUAGUGAGCAGUGGCUGAUGCUUGGAGACUCUGCAGAAAGUGGGCAAAUAAGCUCUUUAUUUCUGUUUUUGUAAGCUGGGUGAGCUCUUUGGGGAUAAGCAAGGGGCUGUGUAUUAGUUUCUCAAGUUUGCCUGGAACUGCUUUUGGAAAUCUGUCUCCUUUCAACUUACUCAGGAUGCCUUAAUCAUCUGUAUGUGGCCCAGUCACCUGCUGUCAUCCAGCCCUCCUCCUCUAGGCUCUGGGCUCCCCUUAAAUGAGGCUUAGAAUGCAAGCUCCUGUGCAAAGCCUCUCUCUCCAUCUCUCUCUCCCGCCAGCCCCUCCUCUGGCACUUCACCAUCUUGCCUGCUGGUCUCUUGAUAAGUCUGCAUCUUUUUCCCCUUGAGUAGAGACCCUUCUUCAUGGGCCCUUGCCUAAUGACACAGAGGCCUUUGGCUUGUGGAAUUCCAUGACAAGACCUCAAAAAUCAGUGUUUUGGAGAACUAUCCAGUGCCAUCAGAGAAAUUCUGGUAAGAGAGACCUCGCGUGUUUGGGAGGUUGGGGGCUCUGGCCUGACAGCCUCAGGUGUCUAGGACUAGUGAAAGGACAGUCAGAGGGGGUGUCUUCCAGGGAACAAGCCAUGUCGGAUGCAUUUGGACUAGUGUCUUUUCCUGUGUGCCUCCUGGCAAGUGAGUGAGAAUAGAAAAAGGCCUAAAUCCAAGGUCCUAACCCCUAAGGGAUGUGCAGGGUGUCUGGAGAGCCCUAGGCAUACUUUACCUGAAGGAGACCUCAGCUGUUCUCCCGUGCUGAUACCUGCCAUGUCCAUUUACCCUUUUGAUUUGUCAUCACUCCGCCCCCGGACUACCCUAGGUGUAACUCCAAAGCUGCAAGUCCGCAGUUUUGCAGCGGAUCAUCUGCAGCACUAGACACUUUCUUAGAGGCGACACUAGCCUACAGGGGAGACAGCAUCCUCCCCAGGGAAAGGAUUCUCAGACCAACCUCCCACUGGCCAGCUUCCACCUCUCCCUUCAUCGCUUGCCAUCCCUCCCACACAGCCUUGUCCCUUAACACAGGAUGCUCGGCUACUGUUGCCUUUGUGUAAACUAGCAUUUCAGUGAGUCUGAGGAGAGAUAGGAAGGCUGGAGAAGCGCUACCUACUGGGAAGUACACUAGCCCCCCAUUUAAGCCAUGGGGUCACUUGUGAUAGAAAAAUCUUACACAGCUCAACUGUGCCUUUCGUCUUCUCCAUGCGCUCAAACAGGAAAACAAGUGUCCAUGGUCUCAUGAUUCCGCGGGUAGGGGGAGGGAGGUGAUGUGGAGGGAGUCACGUGAAGCAGGUGGGACUCGGGCCAUAUCUGGCAGGAGAUCCACCUUGGGCUCCAAUCCCUUAAGGAGCAGUGGGUCCCAGGUCUGUGCUACAAACUGCUAGGAAUCGCCCCACUGGAAUUCUGGGGCAGCUGAGGGUCCAGAGACGUGGAGCUUGCUGAAAGCCAGGAGGCGUGUAUGUGCUGGGUAUUGGUCAGUCUGUGUCCUUUUGCCUCCACUGUCCUCUUGACCAUUCUGUUGUCUGACCAUUCCUGCAGGGUGGGGUGAAAAAGCCAAGAUCUGGAGUUCAGCCUGAGGUUUCUAGUAAGUGGACCUCUCAGUUUCUCCCCCUUGCACUCCCAGACUCCCCUUGAAUACUUACCCUCGCGCCUGGUGCCACUUUAUCAUCCAGGAAUGGGUCGGGCACUUUAUUUGACAAUCUCUGGUGACUUCACACCUGAUUAAAAAAAAAAUUAUGCCAUUAUCAAAAGGAGAAUCUGAGCUUUUUAAUGAUCUCGUUCCACAUAGCCUUAUAAAUCCUGUAAAUAAGGGGCUCACAAAAGUAAUAUAUUGUGUUAUGGAAGAUAUUUUGUACCUUGCUCUUUCCUAAAUCAUAUAAUAUUCUAGAAGUUACGCACUUCCCAAAUGAUUACGAUCCUCAACUAGCUUUGUAAGAUGGGGGGAGUGGAAUAUAUAUAAAUAUACUAUAUAUUUUCCUAACCUUUCUUCUGGAUCCCUUCCUCAAAUGUCUGAAUCAUGAUAGAGAAGGAACUGUGUAGGAAAGCUAAGCCUCCUGCCUGCUGGUGUUCUUGCAGUUGCCUUAUAAAUUCGCAAGCUCUAGGAGUCCUGAACAGAAGGCGGACUAGAGGCACUUUAGCCAAUCCCAGAAAGAAUCUCUAAUCCUCACUGAGAAUUCAUCUAGAAAAACCUAUAUUUUUAAUGUUAAAAUAAGUGGGGUUUCCUGGACCUCUCAGAGUAUUUGGAUGUCUACAAGUGCUUUUAUAUUUUGUAACUGUAAAGAGGUUUCAUACACACAGAACAGCAGUGGGCGCCUGGUCCACUGCCAUCAAACAAGAUGACCUUUGCAUGUACAAAGAUGUUGCAUUCAGACUAUGAAAAUAGUAAAUAAAGCUUUGAUGCAAGUUGCAUUG